GGUAGCAAACUUUGCGCACAAGGGGGCGUAGUAUCCAAGAUGGCAGCGCCCAUGGAUGAACAUGCCACCAGUGAUAUUUCAUCAAAAACAUCAGAAAAGGAUGAUAAAACUGAUGUCGACCAAUCGAACAUAACUAAAAGAAGCUGGAAGGAGAAGAGAAUACAUACCAAUUGUAUUGAAAGGGCAGAUUUCGCCUGCAAACAUAAUCCUUAUGUGAAGUUUAUGCUAGCUGCCAUGGAACAAAUUGGAUGCCCAAUAGAUCCAGAUACACACAUUGUAUGUGAGCCGUGUGCCAGUGAUAGCCCUGUGAACGGAGGAUUUGAUCCCAUUAAUGGAGAGAUCGUUUUAUGUGAAAACAAGAGUCCCUCCCAGAGGAUUCUGAGUACACUUCUUACCCAUGAGUUAAUACAUGCUUAUGAUCACUGCAGAGCUAAGGUGGACUGGACAGAUAUACGACAUGUUGCUUGCUCAGAGAUAAGGGCAUCCAGCUUGAGUGGUGAUUGUUCAUUCCUGAGUGAUAGCCUUUACAGCUGGAACUUCAGAUUUAAGAAUCAUCACCAGACCUGUGUAAGGAGAAGGGCUAUCGGUUCCAUCCUAGCAGUCAGAAACGUUUCUCGAGAAGAAGCAGAGAAAGCCGUUGAUGGUGUCUGGGAAACAUGCUUCAAAGACUAUGCUCCUUUCACCACUAUACCCAGGAGACUGGCUGACCUGAAAACAUCAUCACAUGAUCAGUCACAUGAUCAAAAACAUGCUCAUCAACCUGACAGAUAAUACAGGGAAAGACAUUCUAUCCAAUGUGCAUUACUGGCUUUGAAGAAUCUUUGUGGUAUAUAUGUUACUAUGCAAGGAUCACAGGCGUGCCACAGUGGACUUUCUGCAAAUAGAUUGAACAUUUAUCCUUUAGACUUUCAAUGGGAGUUAGAGGAAUGUUAUACAGAAGAUGCUGCUUAAGUCAUGAAGUGAACAAGAGAAAAAGAAAUAUAUGACGGUGCAUUGAUUCAACAUGUAUGUGCUCUGGCAGUCUACCCUCUGGUUGCACUACUCAUAUUUAUUUUGUUGUGAAUAAAUGUUUUCAGGAGGAAUCUUGUAUGGAUAUUUAAUUUUUUAGCAAAAAUACAAUCUUUUAAAUGACCAGAUUCUCAUUUUAUCAGGUGUCAUAAUACCCACAUGCUUCCAUGUACAUUAGGUAGUCAAAAUGUGCUGAAGUGCAAGCAAAUGACAAUGACAAAUCAUUUUUAUCCUGAUGUAUUAAAGAAUGUGCAUCUGUUAUUUAGGCAUUUGCUAUAAAGAUUCCCUCUUUGACAAAUGGCAGUAAACAGAUUGCACUAUCAUAUUGGUGCAAGUGAAACUGUAACCAUUGUAUUAUUUUUCUUCAUGAUGUGCAAUCAAUCUUGUCGUGAUGAGACUUUUCCUUGCCUGAAAUCUAGGCAGAACUGAACAUUUGUAGGGGGUAGUUUGGUAUGAAAGGAAGGAAUAUAGGCUGUGUUAUUUUCAAAUAGUUGUGUCCUUUUACUAGGUAGUGAAAUAAAUGAGUACCUAUCAAGUGUAUAUCAUAUGUAUUUUCACUGCAUAGAGGCAAAAGCUGUUACAACAUAAUGUGUUGGCCUCGUAUCAGGAACUUCAUGUAUUUUUGAUCAUAUCUUCCGUCCAUUAAAAUUGUGUUCUCCAAGUGUUCAAAGCAAA